AUGUUCCGCGUCGGCUCUCAACUUCUGCGCCGCACCGUUCGUCCUGUGGUUGCUAACUCGUCGAGAGCGAUCCAGACCACUUCCACGGUGGCUGGAGCUUUUCAAGAGAAGCUGCAGACCUCGCAGCGUGGCAACGUUGCCGACCUUCUCAAUGGCAACGCCGCAGCCCGAGACAGUGCCGAAUAUGCGGUUUCCCGUCUCGACGACCUUGUGAAUUGGGGGCGGAAGAGCUCACUGUGGCCCAUUUCGUUCGGUCUGGCAUGCUGUGCCGUCGAAAUGAUGCACGCCGCCGGUUCGCGUUACGAUUUCGAGCGUAUGGGGAUGGUCUUCCGUGCCUCGCCUCGUCAGACGGAUGUCAUGAUCGUGGCUGGAACGCUGACCAACAAGAUGGCGCCCGCUCUUCGUCGAAUCUACGACCAGAUGCCGGAACCUCGCUAUGUGGUGUCACUUGGAAGCUGCGCCAACGGUGGCGGCUACUACCACUACUCGUAUGCCGUCGCUCGUGGUGUCGACCGCGUCGUGCCUGUCGAUAUCUACGUCCCCGGUUGCCCGCCGACAUCUGAAGCUCUCAUCUUCGGACUGAUGCAGCUGCAGAAAAAAAUCAAGGGCAACAAGUCCUUGCUGCUGAAGCUGAGGAAGUAG